AGUGACCAUUAUCAUUGUUUGAAAGUUGUUGAAAGUGAAAAGAAACCUUAACGUCAAAAUGAUGAAGGAGCUUCGCAUAAAGAACAUCCUCACUGGCCUCUUCGCUUCGGCGCUGUGCGUUGGACUCUCCAUGGCAUUGUAUCCCGACAGCGUAAACGUGGCUUCACGCUCGUCUGGACUGCAGGGCUGUCGGGCAACCACCACUUCCGUGCGCUUCAGGACCCUGACGAUGCGAGGGCCGAAAUCGAUGGUGACGUACCGACGCCUCACGAUCUCGGCGAACGAUUUGGCCUUCGCAACGACUGCGUCCAAUAACAUCGCAGCUUCGGAUGUGGUUCAGUGCGCGAGAAUGUCUGCUUUGGCAAAUAUGACUGCCUUCGCCUUCGAUGGAACUUGCAUGGCAUACCAAUUCAACAGGAAGCUCUGCUCCUGCCUCGGUGGCGAAAAAGUCAUUUACGUGGCGAAUUCCAGCAUUUCCUACGGACCGCCUGCAACUGUGCCCUUCAGCACCGCUCCCUACAUCAACACCACUGUCGAAGGUAUCGAAUUCAGGCAGUACCGGCUCGUGAAUUUCUUCUCAGAUGUCUUUUCUCAAGUUUUGAAAUCAUUUGACGUAAAUGCGCUCAAUAUAUACGAGGACUAUUACCUUUUUCCUCGAGAAGGUGGCGGUUACAACGCUGCUCAAUCCGUCUAUUUGGACCUGGCUUCUUGCGUCACCGACGUCCCAUGCGGGGUGCCCGUCCUCAUCAGCACAACUCGUCCGACUUAUUACAUACUGAACGAAUGUGGCAAAACCAUCCAACUCUCGCCUCAAAAUGAAGGAGAUCAAAUUUUGGUGUACUCACAUCCCGGGUUUGGAUGUAAGGCUUUCCCCGACGGCCCAACCUACAACUGCAACGUCACCUUCACGACACCGACUACACUGGGCUUAGGCUAUUUUGGUUAUUUUUCUGGCGCUGACGGGUCCUGCGACGGCUACACGCUGGGCCUUGAAACGUCCGGCAGUUCAAACAUACUUGAUUUGUGCACUGCUGCUAAUGGAUGGCUCGACCCCUUGAAUCAACCCCUAACUAUCACUCUCCGAGGCACUGCAGCGGCGAAGACGUUCAAAGCGGGGUUUACUGUUACAAUGGUUUUAGCUAGUGCCUAGUGUCUACGUGUCUACCGCCUAGUCUCAUAAGUGAUGAGACUGCCCGCCUAGUGUCUACGUGUCUACCGCCUAGUCUCAUAUGUGAUGAGACAGGCAGUCUAGUGUCUACGUGUUUACCGCCUAGCCUCAUAAGUGAUGAGACUGGAGCCUAGUGUCUACGUGCCUACCGCCUAGUCCCACAAGUGAUGAGACUGGCCGCCUAGUGUCUACGUGUCUACCGCCUAGUCUCAUAAGUGAUGAGACUGGCCGCCUAGUGUCUACUUGUCUACUGCCUAGUCUCAUAAGUGAUGAGACUGGCCGCCUAGUUUCUACGUGUUUACCGCCUAGUCUCAUAAGUGAUGAGACUGGCCGCCUAGUGUCUACGUGUCUACCACCUAGUCUCAUAAGUGAUGAGACUGGCAGCCUAGUGUCUACGUGUCUACCACCUAGUCUCAUAAGUGAUGAGACUGGCAGCCUAGUGUCUACUUGUCUACCACCUAGUCUCAUAAGUGAUGAGACUGGCAGCCUAGUGUCUACGUGUCUACCACCUAGUCUCAUAAGUGAUGAGACUGGCAGCAUAGUGUCUACGUGUCUACCACCUAGUCUCAUACGUGAUGAGCCUGGCAGCCUAGUGUCUACGUGUCUACCGCCUAGUCUCGUAAGUGAUGAAACUGGCAGUCUAGUGUCUACGUGUUGAUGGGAGGCAUCCAAGCAUGUGUGUGAGAAUUAGAAUUUCAUACUGACGACAUUUUGAUCCUCAGUAGUUAUUAGUUUAGAGAAUUAAUGUCUCUGCUGUCUCUGGCAAUGAUUGACAAUAAUCUCGAGCAGCGGUUUGCUAUUAGGUUUUGCUUCCGACUUUGACACAGUGCGAAAUUGGCUAAACCUUUAAAGUGUAAAGCACGCUUUGUUUUCAUGUUUAUCGGUUGAACACAACUUCGGGUUGAAUAAACAGUCAGCACUGAGAGAAAUGGGCGGGUCUUGAUGACCCAC